AAAAUAUGGGACUGCAUAUUUUUUGGCCAGCAUCCACUUGUUUAACCCUUUUGGUUGUCUGUGUAAUAAUAAUCUUAUUAAGAUACGGUUCGCGUAUUUGUAAGCUACGGCAUGCACCGUUGCCGUCUGAUCGAGAAUGGGAAGAAAAGGCGUAUUCUCGAAAACUUUCAGUUUCUAUGGCGUAAAAUUAGAUAGAUAUCACCAUAUGUUUUCACAUCAUGUUACGGAUUUAUUUCGUAUUAGAAAAGAAUUUAGAUUAAAUUAGAAUCUAUUUUAACAUAUAAGUAUGUGUUUACUAUAUAUUUCAGAGUAACACUUCAGAUCUGAAAAUUCUUUACAAGCAUACCUUAAAAAAAUUGCUUUGACAACACAUGCAGGCAACAUCAGUUUUCUACCUUAAGAUAAUGUAGUUAUGUGCCUUAUAAAUGUAAUUCCAUGUGUCUUUUAUACGUUACCUUUUUAUACGUAGAGUAAGGAAUUUUAACGAAUCUCCGUCCAUUCAAAUUCUUUCUCUUUAAUGACGAUUUGUGUCAUGAAAAUUCGUAAAAUAUUUUCUUCUUUACCAAGAUAACUUCUAAACUUAUAAACAUUCAUUUAAAGAAUGAUACAUAUAACAAAGUAAGCAAUAAUUUUUAAAUCCUGUGUUGAAUUUAAAUAUAUUUCAUGACACAACAUGAAAGAAAAGAAAUAUAGUAUUUGCGAAAGAAGAUUAUAUAAUUAUAUUGAAGAAAUUAAGAUGUGUAUCCGUCCAAUUUUUUAACGUUUUUUAUGCAAUGGCAAUUGUAUCAUUAUCUUUGAACUUUUGUAUUUUUUAUAUGGUUUUCAUAUAAAUAAAAAAUGCUUGUCUUUACAUAAAACAUGCACGCAUUAUAUGUUUCACUUAUUAAAAAUUCAAAUCAAUUUGCUUUGAUUGAAAAUCAAGAGAUUCAUCAACAGUUUUGUAUAUAAUAUUUAGUUUUUAUUGACAACAUUGGAUUUUUAUUACAUGUGUAACGGUUACACAAUUAUUUAAUAAGUAAGUAGAUACAUUAUGCAAUUUUUGCGUUCAGUUAUAACGUCAGCUUGUAAAUAAAUUACUGACGACGAUUUCCCACGAGCUACGAGAUAUUUGAUUUAAGAAAUAUGAAUUUGAUUCGAUUGCCUAGGGCCUAGGCAACUAAAACCUGAACUUCCUAUCGAAGACAUCUUUCUUUCGAACAUGCCCUCCUUAAUCGACUAAUAUUUCUCGCUUUGUUUUGAUCUGAUUUAAACUCGUCCGCGACUGCUAUAUAGAAAGAUACCGAGAACAGAAUUUCUUCUCCGGUUUUAUUAUUUGGUUUCAAAUUCGCUAAACAUGUUUAAUCUAUUAACGUGAAUACUAUGAAUGAUUUAAAAAACUUCGAAUGACAUAAUAAAAAAAUUCAAUAACAUAAAAUUGGAAAGACUUUUGAUUAUGUUGCAAGUACAAUGAUGGA